GACGGACAUUUCGUUUCCGGGUUAAGAUUUUCUCUCAGACUUUUGUAUCUGAACAAGAGAAAACAAUCCUGCAGCGUUAACCAUAACAUUUGUUUUUUCAUUCUAAGAAAAUAAGUCAUUUAUGGACUCAUCUAGCCUCAAGGGGAAAUAUAUGUCUUUACUUUUGCGUUGGAUAAAUUAAAAGCAAUGAUCAGCUAACUCCUUAAUGAUGCUCAGCGGGAUUUUACCCGACAAACCAACCCAUGCUCACACCGAAAAGAACUGGUGUGUUGAAAAUGGAGGAGCCUCUAGCUCACCAGCAGCUCUGCAAACAAGAGAAUAACUUCUGUUUGGACCAGAUGAAAGCAGAGCCCCUGCAGAUUAAAGAAGAGCAGGAGGAGUUUGAACUUUCACUACUUAAAGAGCAGCAGGAGGAGUUUGAACCUUCUCAAGUAAAAAAGGAGGAAGAAGAAGAAGAAGCCCAUGUUAGUCGGGAUAAAGACAAUAUUUUGCUUAAGUGGAAUACUUAUAGCUUUGAGGUUUCACCUGUUAAUGAAGAAAAAUACCACCUUGAACCUGAACCAGAUGGAGACCAACUGGAUCCUCAGGAGGCUGCUGGAGCUGAGAACCAGGAUGGGGAAGGAAACCAUCAAGAAGACACAGGAUUGAGGUCCGAUAAAGAGCUAGAACAAAACGUGUUCUCCUCUGGCGAAGAUCAUCCCUCUUCAUUCAGAAGACAAACAUCUAAACAUGGAUGCAAUGAGACGCAGGGCGAUAGCCUUCGAAUCAGAAUCCCACCGGCUGAGAGCGAUGACAGCUGUCUAAGUGACAGCGAUGACAGUGAUGAGGACAGCAGAUUUAAACCAGGUUAUGAAAGCAGUAGUGAUGAAGACUCUGACAGCACCAGCACUGCCAGUGCAAGCUUUCACUCAGGAUCCUCUAAAACAAGAAGUUGGCGAAGGUUAGCUUGGGAGACCGUGCAACCACUGAACUCAGCUAAAGACGUUCCAAUCUGGGGAGGCUCUCUUCAUGGUGCUGAUGAAACCAGAGAGCCCAUACAGUAUUUCCGGGACUUUUUCGAUGCCAAUCUUUUGAAUACCAUCGUCCAACAAAGUAAUCUUUACUUCACACAAGAAAUCAAAAAUAAUCUCUACAGCGGCCUAAAGCUGGAUCUAAAUGAACUGGAGCAGUUCAUCGGCACUCUAGUGUACAUGAGUGUCGUAAAUCUACCAGCGUCAAAAAUGUACUGGGCCAGUGAAUGUCGAGUAGAGCAGGUGGCUGAUGUGAUGAGCCGAGAGAGAUGGAAAAAAAUUAAAGAAUUCAUCCAUUUCAAUGAUAAUAGCAGAACGGCUGCAGGCAGUGGGGAUGUUCUCUACAAGAUUAGGCCUGUUAUUGAUUCACUUCUCCAAAAGUUUCACAGUCUGCCUCAAGAUCAAAAGUUAUCUGUUGCUCAGCAUAUAUUGCCUUUUAAAGGUACGUCUGGUCUAUUGCAGUAUACCCCAAAAAGGUCACGCAAAUGGGGAUACAAAAUCUUUGUACUGUGUGAUACGAAGGGCCUGGUGCAUUCUUUCCACGUAUUUACUGGGAGAAUAGACCCUGUACCAGGAGAACCAGACAUCGGAGCAAGUGGAAACACUGCAUUAAAGCUCACACAAGUUGUUCAUCAUUCUGUCAAUCAUCUUUUGUGUUUUGACAGCUGGUUUUCUUCCUUGGACUUGUUUUUAAAUCUUGCAAACAAGGGGAUACAAACCUUAGGGAGUGUGGAGGAAAGUAGCCUCCAAGGUUGCAGUUUCAGCUCCGACCUUGAGCUGAAGAAGAAGGGAAUGGGGUCAUUUGAAGAGAAAAGGGCUGCAGUUGACAAUUUAGAAAUUAGAGCAGUCAAAUGGUUUGACUAUAGAGGGGUGGUUGUUGCGAGCAGUUUUGCAAGUGCCCAGCCUGUGUCCAACAUCCAAAAAUGGGACAGAAAGUUGAAACAGAAGGUUGUUGUGGAAUGCCCGAGCAUCAUCAGCCUAUAUAAUGAGUUUACGGCUGGUGUUGAUGCUCUCAAUACACUGAUUGCAUCUCAUCGCAUCCGGAUUAGGUCCAGAAAGUACUACCUAAGAUUAUUUUUUCAUUUUGUCGACAUGGUGAUUGUAAACAGCUGGCUGUUAUAUCAGCGUGAUUGCAAAUCCUUAGAUGUUCCAAGAAAGAAGCAGAAAGACUUUCUGGCUUUUAGAAUUUCAAUAGCACAAGCCCUCUGCAUGCAAGGCAAGGAUCUGUCUAGCAAGAAGAGGGGGUGGCCAUUCCUGGAUGUUGAAAGUGAGUUUGAAAGGAAGAAACGCAGAGGUCCCGCCAAGGCUAUACCAGCCCAGAAAGUUCGUUCAGACGCUGUUGGCCACUGGCCCAUGGUUGAAAGCGCAAGACAGCGCUGUAAACUUCCUAACUGUAGGGGGCAGACUGUGUUUAAAUGUUCAAAGUGCAAUGUGCAUUUGUGCCUCAAGAAGAACAAGAACUGUUUUGGAGAUUUUCACAAGUAAUGCUGUUUUCUUCCAAACAAGGGGACACCGGUCCUAAACUGUGAAGCCAAAUUACUUUCCUGUUUUUUUUUUGUUUUGUUUUUUAAUGUAAAAAUAAAACAGAAAUGAUUAAAAAUGUU